AUGAUCACCAACGAGAUGGUUCUUGGAGUAAACGUGUUCCUGAUGACGAUCUGCGUGCUGCAGAUCACCUCCAACCUCGUCGUGCUCCUUGUUUGGUCUGGAGACAAGCGGCUCAUGCGCAAUGACAACCUCAUUCUUCUCGUCUCUCUGGCAUUCAUCGACUUUGUCUACGCUUCCAUAAAUUUCCCCUACCUCAUUAUUCUUUUCAGAGGAUGGGUUCCAUCAGGUGAUCUUUUUUGGCAAAGUGGGCAAAAAAUUAAACUUCGGAAAGUGUGAAAAGCGUUGAACUGCCGUAUAAAUUUGAUUGAAAACUGUCUGGUCUGGAAUUUUUAAAAAGACAUUUCAAGGCCGUUAACUACGGUCACUUUAAAAAAAAAGUCUUCACUACGAUAAAAUUCAUUUGUUACUCCUGUCUAAAGCCGAAUACCCAAAUUUUGAUGCUCUUCAGCCGUUUUCGGGUCCUCAAAGCUAACUUGGAGCCCAUAAGUUCAAUAAUAAUAGACCUGUGAGAAACUCAAAAGGAUCCCCAUUAAGCAUAUAUAAUCAAAAAAACUUCUAUGAAGAGUUUAAGUUUAAAAAAAUUAUAGGGUUUGAACUUUUUUUCAUCAAAAAAACCUCACAAAUUUCAAGUUCCUGUUUUUUCCAUUCCAUUUUGAUGUGGAAGUCAGUGAAUUUUGCAAAAAAAAAAACUAUAAUAACAUACAUUUUCCUACGGUACUAUGAUUGCGCGAGCAAUUCCUUGUCCAUGUCAUCGAAAACGUGAGAUUAUUAUCCUUGACAAUUUCUCGGAGAAAAUUAAAUCGUUCAAAGUUAUUUUUGACUUCUUGGCAUUUCGAUUUUUUUUUUCAAGUUCAAACAGCGUUCACAGGAAGUGUUGCAGUUCUGGAAUGAAUAAAAAUGUUAAAAUUCUGAUUAAAAUGUUCAUUGAGAUAAUUGUGACUUAGAUGGAGGUUUAAAAUGAUUGAAAAUCGGAACGAAUCCCUAAUAGAGCUUGGACGAUACCUAAUCGACCUAUCCCAUUGAUUAUCUUGUGAACGAAAAUUGUUACAGGCAAAACGUUCGAGUACAAUCCCCGCGUGAUUGUACCGUUGUUUGGACCGGCGGCAGCCCUGAUGAAAAGCGGCUGCACGGUGACGACGGCGAUCGCCGUCGACCGCGUCCUCGCGCUCUGCUUUCCCGCCCAGUACUACAGAAAGUCCAAGAAGAUGUGCGAGUUACUCAUUGGGCAACACUUUUUUUUUUUUGAAUAACGACGAAAGCAAAAAAUAAUAGCUCUGUGAUAUAUUGAUAGAUUAAAAGAUAUAGAAACUAGAGGCAAGUUAUCAGCGAUUUUGAGGCGGGAAUUUCAACAAAAACAAAAAAAAAUCCGCUUAAACAGCUCGAAUGUUUUUUUGAAGGUGGUAAGACAUAUGUAUGCAAAUUUUUCAAACUUAAAAAUUGCUCAGCGUUACUGAAGCUCGUUUGUAAACAAAAAAACACUUUCUUCGUUAUAAAAAAUAUUAAACCUUGCAGAGACAUUUUUUUCUAAGAAUCUACAUAAGUUAACAUGAUUAUUGAUUUCAUAUAAAAAAACAAAGUAUCCUCUUCGAAUGUUUAUCACGAUCUCGCACUUUUGAUUCUCAAAAUUUCUUGCUGUUUUCCUAUUUCGUCACUCGAACCUUUUCAAUAUUUCACCCAUUUUUGAUAAACACGUUGGUCGAUGCUCACGCUCCUAACACGUUCGAGCACAACACAUUUAGGGCAGAUUUAUGGUUCGCCUACACAAUUGGAGUGAAUUACUUUGCAAAGUUUCUCAUUUGAUACCUGGGUGAAGAUAAACUUUUGAUGCGUCUAUCGAAAAAUGAAAAUAGAAAAUGUUCCUUUCAGGUGGAGCAUCGCCGCCUUUGUACUCGCCCUAACUCUAGCUUUCAUCGAUUGGAUUUUGCUUCAAAUACUGGUCGAUAUUCGCGAGGUCCCUGGCUGCGCCUCUUUUGGUUGCUUCACAAACAAAGUUAGUUUCCAAUAGAUCGCCUAAGUGAAAACCAGAAAAUGUUAGUUAACUUGUGGUUAUGUCCAAAAUGACGGCCUGAUUUUUUAUUUUCUUAAGACGUUCCGAGUCUGGUGGGGCCUUUCAAACAUGGUGAUGAACCUGCUGUCUUUCAUCCUCACCUUGAUGAUCAUGUUUCAUUUGUGCACACAUAGCAGUUCUUCGAAAAGAAUUGUAGAAAUCGAGAAGAGCAACUUUCGAAAAAUAGACAAGAGCGUGAGUUUUUCAUUUCUUUUUUUUUUAAAUUAUCAAACGAAGUUCAAUUGAAUAAACAAGCAAGUUUUCUUUAGUUCCUAGUAUAAAUACAGCGUAGUGAUGUCCAUUUCAGAACUAGAUACCAUCCAGUUUUUAUUUUAAUAAAAAAAAUAAAACUAAAGUUUGAUUAAGUUUUAUAAUCAAAGAAAAUGUUUGAUUCGUUUUUUUUCUCAUGGAAAUGAGAUAAACUCGGAACCACUAUCCGUUACUUUUCCAUAAUAAAAAAGAGCAGAUUUGGUUCUUAUGGAAUUGGUGCGCAAAUUGCUUUUCUGAUGUCAGCGCCCCAAGUUUCCUCGUGAAGAAAGCUCAAAAAAGCGGUCAAUCAUUUUUUCAAUGGUCCGUUCGAAAAUCUUCAUGCCAAGGCGCCAAUUUCUUACAGGAAACUACUAAAUUUAAAAAAAAACCUUUCAACGAGACAGCAAGACGUUUUAAACAGACUUUGAACCUUCGGGAAAAUAAUUUUCGAUACCUUUCAGGCCAACCGCGUGGCACUGUACAUUUUGAUGACGUCGGCGUUGAUUGGCGUCGUUCCAGGAUGCCUGAAUGGCGUCGGCACUCUUGUAGAGCUCAAGGUAAAGCUUAAUAGUUACAAUCUUACUUCAAAAAGCUGUCAGCAUGUUUAACAAAAAAAAUCAAGAAUCAAAGAUUUAAAAACUGAUUAAUUUUUUUCUGGUGAUUUCGCUCAAAAAUUAUUAUUAUUUUUUUCUCAUUCUUUUCAAAAAAAUUGAAACCUAUUGCUCGCCAUGAGCAUCCGAAAAAGUAAAAACAUUGGAAUUUUUGUCUUAUUUUCAAUUAUAUCUCAGUUCUUCGUCCUAUAAGUAGAAAUUCGCAGUGGCUAGACGAGGUUUCGUUCUUCGUGGGGACUUGCGCGACGCUGUCCGGGCUCGCCCACGCCUUCAUCUUCGCGAUGGCCCAUCGAGACAUCAAAAGUGGUCUGAAAAAACAGGUGAGGGUUUUUUUUUCUGAGACGAAAUAAUCUCAAUGAUUUUUCCAGAAAAAUGUCAAUAAUCUAGAGAAGUUUUUUUCAGUCUUUUUCAGUAACCAUUAAAUUAUUCAUUUUCAAAAAUGCGUUAAAAAUUGGCAACCUUAAUCAAAUAGCGGAACCUUCUCACAUUCUUAUCUCAAAUGGAAACUCGAAGAGAUCCUAUUUUAUAAACAACAACCAAUGAAAAUUUUUAGUUUCUCCAUCGAUGUAUCAAACCGAAGAAAAACGAGAGAGCGGUAACGGUUGGAUGGGGCUCAACGGGCUUCGCACCUUCUAUUACCAUCUAG